AUGUUUCUAAAUCUUUUGUUUGGAGGUGAACGACUUUUAGAUGAGGAAACAAUCGAAGAAAAAGAAAAUGAAGUUCGCAGUAAAGCGCUUGCCGUUGCUCAAGAUAUUAUGUACGGGGUAAGCAACGGUAAGAAAUGGACACCUAAGCACAUUGGCUUAGGGAGCACCCUUCACCAAGUCACAAGAUCGAAAGAUCUAGUUAAACUUUUUCACAAGGCAGGACAUAUUCUGAGUUAUGACCAAAUUCUUCAACUUGACACGGGUUUAGCCGAGAGUGUUUUAAACAGUUUGGAUGAAAAAAGCGGAACCGUGAUCCCGCCAAAUUUGGUGCAAGGUAAUUUCGUACACUUCUCUGCUGAUAACAUUGAUAUUUUGGAUGAAACGCUGGACGGUAAGAACACGUUUCAUGCCACACAAAUAGCUGCAUGGCAACGUGGGGCAGAAAAUUCGUCGUUACUUCACGGUGUAAAUCCAUCCAAAAAGCGAAGUUUGGAUAUUCCAGAAUCGAUGGACAAGAUUGAAACGAUUGUGGCAAGAAAAAGCAAUCCUGUCUUCUUUAAAGCAGUUAAGACGACGUGGUAUGACCAAGCUGAAGAUAAGAAAGAAUGUAAACAAGCUGCCAAAGCUACUGAUUUGGCAUUCAAUAUGCUACGAAGCGAAGGUGUGAUCAGAAGCGGAUGGACGGAGUUUAACUAGUCGCUAUCACGGGGAGAAUUUGGCGACAAGUUCGGGCAUGAAGUAACAAAGGUAGGGUACAUGCCAAUCAUACAAGCACCCGCGCACGAAAUGCAUACCUUGAACACGGUCGUUAAGAAAUGCAUGCAUGUGGCCACCGUGCUUGGACAACAGUACACUAUUAUCACCGUAGAUCAGGCACUGUACUGCAAAUUAGUCGAGUUGAAAUGGGCAAUUCCAGAAUAUCGAUAGAAACUUGUCGGGCAACUCGGCGGUCUCCAUAUUUCUAUGUGUUUUCUUAAGACCAUUGGAGAUCAUAUGAAGGGACCAGGCCUUGUUGACUCGUGGAUAGAAAGUGGUCUCCUAGGACCAAAUGCGGCUGAGACUGUGAUGAACGGCAAGGCGUAUAAGAGAGCAAUGCGUGCGCAUAUGAUACUCAAGUUUUGCAAAACGAUCAAUGUUGAUCUUGCACUGCAGAUUUCGCGUCUUUUAUCGUCAGAGCAGAAUGUUGAUGAUUUGAUUACAUGUUUGAAGUCGCCACAAUUUCAAACGGUGUUCGACGAGUUCUUAACGCAGAAGUGUCAGGAAAAUGUCAAUUUUCAGUUCUGGUGGAGCUAUAUGGAGAUGAUAUUUAUCCUACUCGAUUUUACCCGUGCGCAGCGGGAGGGAGAUUGGGAGUUGUAUCUAGACAGCUUCCGUGCCAUGCUUCCAUACUUUUUCAGGUACGACCACCUGAAUUAUGCCAAGUGGGGGUCGGUAUUUAUCGCCGAGAUGGAACAAUUGCCGUAUGAAGUGUUACAGGAGUUUAAGAAGGGUAACUUUGUUGUAAAGUGGAAAGAGGGCGCUUUCAAUGAAGUAAGCGCUGACCACAGCCUCGAGUGGUUGAACGGCAUUGGUAAACGAGGAGGUGGAAUUGUUGGUAUAACUAAGACAUCUUCAGCCUUGAGCAGGUGCGUUAACGGUUUUAAUAAAUACAUUUUAUAUUCAAUUCCUUAUUUCAAGUGUCCAAAUAAUGCUAAAUUGGGCGCAAACAUGCAGCCUUAAUCGGCCAGUUACUUAUUUGGAUAAAAGAUUAUUUGUGUAGUACAAAACCGGUUUGAGACCGAUACUCACGUGUGCACUAUUUAAUAAAGUGUCAAAAUACGGAACAAUUUGUAAAAUAUAUACAAUAAUACCUACAAUUAUAUAUUUACCAAAUGGUGUAAAAUUUAUUAUUUUUUGCUUCCAAGGUGGGCUCUUUCUUAUAAUUUGCGGUCGGAGAUUGCUGAGAAAACUCAUGAGAUGUUUGGCCUAGUUCAAGAGGAUACGUAUUGUCACAACGAAUCUGCGCCUGCAAGGAUUGUUCGCGACAAUAAGGAUGAAGAAUCACUCAUUUCCGUCUUCGAGCAGCAUGAUGUGUUUUCACCAACAUCCCAUCCAGAAUGUCUUUUCAGCAUCGCUACGAAAGAUUUGGCCACCUUCGAGAUUCAAGAAUCACUGUUAGGCGCGAAAGAUAUGGGACAGAAACAAGUUAAAGACUUUGUACAGCAAAGGUUGACUGAACCACUUCAACAGCAACCUAAUAACGAGCAAGGGGAUACCAAGGUUCAAUUUACGGAUACAAUGCACAAGAACAAUGCUCUUACUUUCGAUUCGUUGUAUCAAGUCGCCAAAGGGGGCAAAGAGAAAGAAAAGAACACGAUUUUACGGGCUGACAGGAGUGUUUUACAGCGUCUUAUCGUUGCUUACGGAGCUGGUCGAGAAGUAGAUUUACAUAAUGUUUUGUCGCAUGAGCUAAUGUCCGUACCCAUAUCAUUAGCGGAUACGAAUGGUAAACUUAGAACUGGCCAGAAAGCAGCGCUGGCUGAUGUUCUCACCAGGGGAAUUGAAUGUCCGAGUGCUAUUGAUUUGCAAGGAAGUGCAUGUUUACUGAUUGACGGCAUGGCGUUAGUAGCAGCAGUAGGAAAACCUGCUGACGCUCAAACCUUCGGAGCCUAUGCAGAUAGAUUCCAAGAUGCCGUAUUGGUAGCAGGUUCGCGGUAUCAGCAAAUUCACGUACUAUUCGACAGGUACGAGAAGAGUUCAAUCAAAGCAGGCACGAGAGAACGCCGUACCAGGACUAUUCGCCCCGUUCGUCGUGUAAUUGAGAACAAGAAUGUCCCACUUCCGAACAGCUGGUCAAAUUUCUUAGCUUUACCGGAAAACAAGGCAAACUUGGCCAAAUUUCUGUCCGAACAUUUAAUUGCAAAUGCACCUCAAGAGAAAGUCAUUGUUGUUGCAGGUGGAUUUUCCGACGGAAAAGAAGCGCAAUCGUCAAGCCAAUUGGUUGAUCCUUCUCUUUUGUGCGCAGAUCACGAAGAAGCUGAUACAAGACUGGUUCUACAUGCUAUCGUCAACAGUUGUGACACGGUUGUUGUGUCUGCCAGAGAUACUGACGUACUGUUACUUCUUGUGGCGCAUUUGCCAAGUAUGCCUUCUCCAAAUGUGUGGAUGAUGGCAGGAACAGCGGCCAGGCGCAAGUUUUUUAACAUCUGGGCGAUAAGCGAGAAUCUUCCCGCGGGAUCACUAUCAGCGCUCCUCCCUUUCCAUGCGCUGACUGGUUGUGACACAACGUCAUAUAUCUCCAACCACUCCAAAGUGUCAGCGUGGAAGACAUUUGAAGACAAACAUUACCUUCUAGCGUCGCUAGGUGAAGGAGAACUAUCGGCCAACAAAGUCAGGGAUGCCGAAAAGUUCAUCUGUGCGAUUUACAACUGCGGGCACAUGGAAUCAGUGAAUGAUGCGCGAGUUCUUCUCUUUUCGAAGACAAAGAAACCUGAAGCGUUGCCUCCGACCAAGGACGCACUGGAAUUGCAUAUCAAGCGCGUGCACUAUCAAUCACUCGUGUGGAAACAAGCUUCAUGCCAGGAUACUAUCCUGCCAAACCCGGACGGAAUGGGAUGGAAGAGAGAAAGCGAAGGCGGCAGUAAACUCGUCCCUCUCCUUAUGACAAAGGAACCCAUUCCGAACGCAUGCAAGGAAAUUAUAUCCUGCUCUUGUAAAAGUGGCUGCACGACAUUACGCUGUGGCUGCAAGAAAGCAAAGUUGUUUUGUACUGGCGUCUGCGGCUGCUCUGUGGACGAAAAAAUUUCCUGCAAGAACAAAUGCGAUAAUUAUAAGUGA